AUGUGGGCCCAGGCCACCUCCCUGCUGCUGCUGCUGUUCGCCUGCUCCUUUUGGCCCGCUGAGGGUCAGAGCGACGGCAGCAGGAGACAGAACAUCUGGAACGAACCCAUCAAAUUCAACACUAAGGCGAAGGACCAAUGCACCAUGAUCAUCACCGGUCAAGGGGAGUACACCAAAUUGAGGCUGUCCUGCGAGGGAAAGCGCUCGUACUGGUGCGAGUACGUGGGCAAGCCGUACACGUGCCGCUCCUACAACAAAAACCCCCGUCACUACUUCAUCCAGAUGAUGUGGGGGCUCAGAAAACUCUUCAACGCCUGCCAAGCACCCAGGGUUAUCAAACCUCACAUGUGCAGGACAGCAAGUGAUGAAUCUCAGAUGGUCUUCUCCUCGUCUUCAAUUUCCAGAGCUCAGCUAGAUGCUUCUAGGGCAGCACAAAGACCAGCGUCCAGACAGCCUGUUCGUGUUCAGCCGAGGGUCAAGGGCACACAGCAAACUACACCUCGGCCGACACCACCUGCAGUGGAGAGUAACCCUAAGAGGAUCGCUCGGCUGUACUGCUGGAGGUCACUGCAAGGGGUCUGUGCCUACGUCGUCGGUUUGUUUCGGAGUUAA